GCGCUAAAGGCGCCCCAGGCUUUCCCCGCCCCAACCCCCGCCAGUCGUAGCUCGACCCGCCGGCAGGAAGCUCCAGAGCGGCUCGCUCGGAGCCGGGGCCCCGGGGCAGCUGCUCCUCUUGUGGAAGAGCCGGGGAGAAGGAGGGGGGUGGACCCAUUUCAGACCAAGCUAGGACCUUUUUCUUCACCUGGAAGAUCUUCUCACCCUGGAAGAUGCCUCAACCCUUACUGCCUAGAAACAGCCUUCUCUUCCUGGAAGAUCCUUUUGAUCCUAUGGUCGCCUACUCCUCUAUUGGGAAAUGACAAAUUGAACUGAACAUAAAAGGUGUAUGAAGAUUGAUAGGUUAUAUCUCUCCUCUUCCCCCACCCCCCAAAUUUUUUUAAAUCAAUGGGAAAUGUGCGAACAAAUCAGCAUUGAAAGAAGAAUAUUGUCAAUGGCUUCACAGUCUUUGCGCCCAGAAUCAGCUAAGACUCAUUUGAUAAAGGGGAAAAAACAGCAGCAGCAGCAGCAUCAACAGGAGGACAGGUCCUCAAAUAGAGAUGGUGAUGGAGAAGAAUCUUACACAUUUGAAGCCAAUGAAGCUUGGAAAGAUUUUCACAGUUCACUCUUACGAUUCUAUGAAGAUGGUGAACUUUGUGAUGUGACACUGAAGGUUGGUUCAAAGCUAAUCUCCUGCCACAAACUGGUACUGGCUUGUGUUAUUCCUUACUUCAGAGCCAUGUUUCUUUCCGAAAUGGCUGAAGCUAAGCAGACACUCAUUGAGAUCAGGGAUUUUGAUGGUGAUGCAAUAGAAGACUUGGUGAAGUUUGUCUAUUCUUCCCGGCUCACUUUGACAGUUGACAAUGUCCAGCCUCUUUUAUAUGCAGCCUGUAUUCUCCAGGUAGAGCUGGUGGCUAGAGCUUGUUGUGAAUACAUGAAGUUACAUUUUCAUCCUUCUAAUUGCUUGGCAGUCCGAGCUUUUGCAGAGAGUCACAACCGCAUUGACUUAAUGGACAUGGCAGACCGAUAUGCCUGUGAACAUUUUGCUGAAGUGGUGGAAUGUGAAGAUUUUGUGAGUGUGUCACCCCAGCAUCUCCAUAAGCUUUUGUCCUCGAGUGAUCUAAACAUUGAGAAUGAAAAGCAGGUCUAUCGUGCCGCCAUCAAGUGGCUUCUUGCCAAUCCUCAGCAUCAUGCGCUAUGGUUGGAUGAAAUACUUGCUCAGGUUCGACUACCACUGUUGCCCAUUGAUUUUCUUAUGGGUGUUGUGGCAAAAGAAGAAAUUGUCAAGCAAAAUCUAAAAUGUAGGGAUUUACUUGAUGAAGCAAGAAAUUACCAUCUUCACUUGAGCAGCAGGGCAGUGCCUGACUUUGAGUACUCCAUUCGAACCACUCCAAGGAAGCAGACUGCUGGUGUGCUGUUCUGUGUAGGUGGUCGAGGUGGAUCAGGUGACCCAUUUCGAAGCAUUGAAUGCUAUUCAAUAAACAAAAAUAGUUGGUUCUUUGGACCAGAAAUGAAUAGUCGAAGGCGUCACGUGGGUGUAAUAUCUGUGGGAGGCAAAGUCUAUGCAGUUGGCGGACAUGAUGGAAAUGAACAUUUAGGCACCAUGGAGGUGUUUGAUCCUCUCACUAAUAAGUGGAUGAUGAAAGCAUCAAUGAACACAAAGAGACGAGGAAUUGCCUUGGCCUCUCUCGGAGGUCCAAUUUAUGCCAUAGGAGGGUUAGAUGACAAUACCUGCUUCAAUGAUGUGGAGAGAUAUGACAUUGAAUCUGAUCAGUGGAGUGGAGUGGCUCCAAUGAAUACUCCCCGAGGAGGGGUUGGUUCAGUAGCUCUAAUAAACUAUGUUUAUGCUGUGGGAGGCAAUGAUGGGCUGGCCUCUUUGUCUAGUGUGGAGAGAUAUGACCCACAUUUGAAUAAAUGGAUAGAAGUUAAAGAGAUGGGUCAGCGAAGAGCAGGCAAUGGUGUUAGUGAGCUUCAUGGCUGCUUAUACGUUGUAGGUGGAUUUGAUGAUAAUUCUCCUCUUAGUUCAGUUGAACGGUUUGACCCUAGAAACAACAAAUGGGAGUAUGUAGCGGAGCUCACCACUCCUAGGGGGGGUGUGGGGAUUGCUACAGUGAUGGGCAAAAUUUUUGCUGUUGGUGGUCAUAAUGGCAAUGCAUACCUCAAUACUGUGGAAGCUUUUGAUCCAGUGGUGAACAGGUGGGAGCUUGUAGGAUCAGUGUCUCACUGCAGGGCUGGAGCAGGUGUAGCUGUGUGUUCCUGUCUAAGUACUCAAAUCCGUGAUGUGGGCCAAGGAUCCAGUAAUGUGGUUGACUGUAUGUGACUUGAAUGCCCACCAUCAGCAGUUCUGUCCUUCCCAAAAGGAAAGACAGCUAGAGUUUUGGUAUGAUCAUCUUGGAACAGGCUAUAACUACAGCUGGCUUCUUAUUUGAAUAUCAACUGUACGAUGCUCUGAAUAAGCACAUCUUCAGAUGCUCACCAUGAGGAAUUAUCAGUACUAAGGCGAACACUGACACUGUCAUUUUGACAGAAAUUGAAGCAAUACUGGAGUCUUGUUCCAACUUAAAGUUUCCAGAAGAGAGGUGAUUUUAAAGCAAGUGCCAAAACACCUGAAAUCUGUUUUUUUUAAAUCUGAGUAAUUUUUAAAGUUACAUUACAGUAAUUUGCAGUCAUUACUUUUUCAAAGUUAGACAAUGAGAUCCUACUGAAUUUUCAAUCUGUGAGUAAGGAGAAAAUUGGAAUACUUUUGGUAUUAAUUUUUUUCUUGAUGAAGGAUAUUUCCACUUUAUACUAAAAAGGUUUAUUUUCCUUUUUUUUUUACUGGAUGAUUUAAAUUUCUCAGAUGUUUACAAAAGUAAAACAUGUUUGCACUAUUCUGAGUGCACUAGGCUGCAUUUAAAGAGUAUUUGUAUAAUGUACAAAGCUAGUAAAGCUCAGUCAGUCAUACUAAGCUAAAGAUGCAUAUUUCUGAUAUUAAAAUUUGACUGUUUAAUGGAUUUGUUUUAUGGUAAAUAAAAAGGGGGCUGAUUUGUGGUUAGGAGAACAUUUGUCUUAUUUGAUACUUUGUCCAGUUGGAAAUCUUAGAAAUGAGCCAGGAAUCUUGAUCAGACGGUGUCCAAAGGCAGAGAAUCAGGAAAGCCGUUUUUUCCUGUCCUUCUUUGAUGGGCUCUUGACUAAAAGCCCAGGUUUAAUAUUUCCUGUCCAUCAGGCUGCUGGCUGACCUGUCCCUUUCCUGGGUAUAACAUCUGGUUUUAGUUCUUAAGGAAAUGAAAUACUUAUUUAAAAUUUUAUUUUUCCCCCAGUUACAUAUAAAAACACUUUUUAACAUUUGUUUUUUUUUUUUUAAAUUUCUGAGUUCCAAAUUCUUUCACUUCCCUUCUCAAUGAGCGGGGGAACAAUUUGAUAUAGAUUAUACAUAUGCAAAACAAAAGUCCAUGUUAGGAAAUGAAAUACUUUUUUUUAAACAAACUUUCAUCACUGGCUCUAGUUUGCUAAUAAGUUCAACCUGUCAUAAAACCAGUACAAGACAAGUAUUAAUAAAUGUGAAGAGUUUCACCAUUUUCCUACCAGCUAUGUUUCAUUCUCUUAAGCUCUAGGACAAAGAACUUUCCUGGAGCUUGAGCCCAGAUAUUAUUCUGCCCACCGACCUGACAGCUCUUCAUGAAAAUAACUUGCGUUCUAAAAUGGCUUAACCAUUGAAUAAUGUGUAUUUAUUUGUUCACAGAUAUUUAUUUAAGAUUCUGUUUUCUAUCUGCAGGUUAGUUAGUAGUUAGAUACUGAGUGACUGAGGGGAGAGACCCCACUUUUACUUAAGCAUAGAGGUUUCCCUGCAUGUUCUUAGGAGGAAUGUUCUGAACUUUCCUCAUUCUGCUUAAAGCAGAAGCUUCAGCAUUUCAUUGCAGUAGAACACCAAAGAGCACCAUUUUCGGUAGCAUAAGUCAUAGAAUCAAGGAGUUGCUAGUUCUACUUUGCCCAUGGAUAAAUGACUCUCAACGCUACUCAGUGUGGUAAGUUUUUAAAAAGCAUAUCAAGAAUCCGAUAUCCCACAGGGGAGGAAAGCUCCCCAAGCAAGUUUCUGUUAACCUGUGCUCAGACUGCAGUACUCAGGAAGACUCAGGACAUUCACAGGCAGGCCUUGAAAACAGUGACAGGCUUGUCUUUGUACGCUGCAUGAAACUAAAGGCUACCUUACAUACCAGAGUUGGUUGUAGACACUGCUUUGGGGGAAAAAUUCAACAUUUGAGGCAGUCACAAAAACAUAUUGUCACCAAACAGCCCUGAUCUCACUUCAGAUAGUUAUUAUAUAUUAUGAGAUCUAGUACUUUUUUUCUUGAUGUAGUGCUAACCACCUGUCAUAACUCUUAAUUUUUUUUGUGUGAAUCUCUUAUUAAACCUUGAUUUUAAAUUGUU